AUGGCGUCUCUAUCACCGUUCAACUUGCUCGUACUAACUUGCAUCAGUUUAUUCGAAAACCACCGGUAGAAAAUAAUUUUUAAGAAUAAUUACACCAUUAUGGCUACUAUGAUCAACGGUCAGUUGAUCCUGGAAGAGGAAUAUGAUGAAAACUAUCAACCGACAGAACAAGAGAUAUUUGAGUAUGCUCAAUCAAUAGGUAUAGAUCCUAUUAACGAAAGAGAUCUUCUGUUUAUUGCAAGGGAAGGUAUUGUUGCUCCUCUACCUACUGAUUGGAAACCUUGUCAAGAUGCCACUGGAGAUAUUUACUACUUUAAUUUCCACACGGGUGACAGCGUUUGGGAUCACCCAUGUGAUGAAUACUAUAGAAGCAUGGUUACUGAGGAGAGGAGAAGAAGAAGCACUUUGAGUGUGUCAGCAAAAAAAGAAAAUAAGAAGAAGGAUAAAAAAGAUGGAGGCAAAAAGAUUAAGUCACUAGAAGGAUCUUUAAAUAAACAAAGGUCUCUUAGCCCUGGUUUGGCACCACUGAAAGGUGAAGGUUCCUUGGCUCCAUUGAGAGAUUCAUCUCCAGGACGUUCACUGGGUGGUUCCCUUGGAGCAAGUACAGGUUCCCUUGGAGGGAGCACUUUAGGUAGGGGCCCUCUUGGAGGGGGGUCUCUUGGAGGGGGCUCUCUUGGAGGGGGUUCUCUUGGUGGGACCUCCCUUGGAGGUUCUCUGGGAAAAAACCCACUAGGUGGAGGCUCUAGCAGUGGGCUUCGAACUAGUGGAAGGUUUUCAGGUGCAGAACGACAUAUGGAUCCUUUCAAGCAGGCUCCUCUUGGUGGCGUUAAGGAUUCACUAGGGAAACAGUCAACAGAUCAAGAAAAGUUUGGUCGAGGAGUCAGUGAUGGUAGUGGAACAAUCACCCUAAGCACUGGAUUAGGAGACAACAUAAAUCUGAACUUUAUGACUGAUCUUUCAGAUGAUGAGGAAGGCAAGAGUGAUCUUGGACGGCCAACAAUUGAUCUUGCUGGUGUAUAUGACAUAGGAGCACUUGACUAUGAGGACUCAGAAGUGGAAGAAAGCUCAAAUAUCAAGACUCCUGCCACACCAUCGAUGAGUGAUGUUGAUGAUGGAGAAGAAGUGGACUUUGGUAUCAACAGGACAUUAUCUGACAGACUGGAAGGAAUGAGUGCAGAGCUUUUAAGUCCAGCACAAAGUGCUACUAAGUCAGAGGCUCAAGCUGGUGGACUUGCAGCUGUGAGCAGUAGUGUAAGGACGAUGGCUGGGGUGAGGAGUAGCGACAUUUUGAUUCGAGAUCCAAGUCCUUCAAGCAACAAGGAGAGUGGUGUAACAACGAAUAAGGAAGAAGACAGGUUACAGAGAGCAACGUUACAAGCAGAGGCUGCAGAAAGAAGAGCAACAGAUCAGAGGGAACAAGAGCAAGCAGAGAAUCAGGAAAAAGAAAAGCUAGCAAAAGAAGCAGCCAAAGCAAUCGAAGACAUGAGGAAAGCCACUGAGAAAGAACUGAACGAGGCAAAGCAGAAACUACAGAAAGAGAAAGAAGAUGCUCUGAGGAAGCUCCAAGAGCAAUAUCGAAAAGAACAGGACAGUGAGGAAGAACGACUGGCAAAGGAACACGAUGCUGUGAUGAAAACACUCGGAGAAAAAGCCAGAGAAGACGCUUUAGAGGAGGAAGCCAUGUUACAGGAAGGUAAACAGGAUGCGAUGCGGAAACUAAAACAGCAGAUACAAAGAGAACAAGAACAGGAAGAGGCUGAACUGAGAAAGGAAAAGAAAGAGGCUUUGAAAGCACUCAGAGAGGAGCUGGAAGAACAGGAGGAGCAAGAGAACGACAAGAUGGCGGAAGAACGGGAGAAAGCUUUGAGGAAGAUGCGGGAGACGUUUGCAGCUGAAAUGGAGGAAGAAAAACAGAAGUUGAAAGAUAAAGAGAGCGAAGUUGUAGAGCAAUUAAGAGAGAAAUUAGAAAAAGAAAAAGAGAUGGCGUUGGAAGAGCUGCAGCAAAACAAUGAGUACGAACUACAACAACUAAAAACGGAGCUAGCCGAGAAGCACGAGAAAGCAUUGCAGGAACUGAAGAGUGAGUUAGAAGUGGCGCAAAACAGCGAAUUAACUGCUGCGCGCAGAUCUGCGGCGGAAUCCAAAGCUAACUUCACUAUGAGUAUGGACUCACUGGAUGUAGAGGCUCAACGGGAAUUUCAUAAAAGGAGAAAAGAUUUAGAAGCUAAGAACGAGGAACAGCUAGAGGCUUUGCAGAAAGAAUACGAGAAGAAAAUUUACAGCAUAAAACAAGAGUGGAAGGAACAGGAGACCAAGGAAAGGUUUGACUUGAGCGAGAAAUGGGAAAAGGAGAAGAGGAACUUAACAGAAGAACACGAAAAGAAUAUGAACAAGCUACGACAGGAGAUGGAAACUAAGAAGAACCAGCUGCAAAGCGAACUCAACCAAAUGGAAGCAAGUAUGGCAACCGAACAAGACAAUCUUCACAAGCUGCGCGAGGCACUGGAACAAGAGGAGGAAGAAUUAGCCGCCCAGAGGAGAGCAUUGGAGGAGAAUCAAGAGGAAAUAGAGGAGGAAAGAAAGCGACUUGUGCAGCAGAGAGAGGCUCUAGCUCGAGCCGGCGAGCAAGCAGCGGCAUCGACAGGACAGGAUGAAACACUCGCAAGGCUUCAGUUAGAUGAGAUCAAGGCAGCCAUCUCAAGUAGUGAACGUGACUUAAACAAAUUAAACAGAUUGAAAAAGAACCUUGAAAUCGAAUUGGACAAGUUAAGCAAAACUAAACAAGAGCUUCAGCAUGAUAUCAGCAAUCUUACGAAAAAUCUGAAAGAACUGAAAGAAAGUUGUCGAAAGCAGAGUGAAGAGCUACAAGACCUUCUGAUUCAGCGAGAUAAACUUCAAGAAGAAGCCAUCACUAACGGUGAACACGAAGACACCCUGGUAAAUGACAAUGGUCUUGAUAAGCCAGUGGCCUCCACAUCGAAAGUUAGAGAUGUAAAGAAAAGGCCCAAAAAACAAGGGGCUGAUUUGGGUUCUGAAGAUGAAGCCCUGCAUGUCGAGGACCUGGAACCUCCUGGUGUUUCCGCUACUCAGGGCAAUCGUCUGGUGCCACCUUCAGACAUGAAAGUUCGUUCAGACAGCGAGGACCUUUCCCCAGGUGAAUUCUCUCCCCGGGCACCUGUGCAUUCUACGGCCAAGAAAGGCUCAGCAGGAGUCCGAGCACCCAAAGAGCCUGGUGGACUGGGGAGAGCUUUCGAUUUAGCGGACAUAUCAUCUGAUGAAAGUUCUUCCGAGGAUGUCCAAGGAACCUUUUUGUAUUUAAAGAAGAAAGCUGAACUUCGUAACAGUGAAUUGAAAAGCCGCAUUGCGCAAGAAGGAGAUGCUAUAACAAGGGCAAAGGAGUUCUUACGACGACAACGGCGCUCUGUGCAACGAAGACAAGUCGCUUUAGAAGACGCUCGGAAAGAAUGGACAAAUGAUGUGUCGCGGAACAUUUCACGAGGAAAGCCGCUGUCCAGUCGUAAUGCUAAUUUCUUGGAAGAUGUAAGAACACGCUUAGACGAGGAGGAAGCGGAGCUUGGAGUGGUAAUGGACAACAUGACCGCUGGCCAAGAACUGCUGAGACAGAAGGAAGAUAGGCUCAGGGUUUUGGAGAAUGCCUUGUUAGGCGGAAUGUCAACUGCCUCGGACUCAGAAGACACGUUCCUUGGGUAUUCCAAAAACGCUCGUCCAACAAGAGACAGGCACCGUCCUCGGAAAACGCCGCGUAAGACUCUUGAUGAUGACGACAGCAGCGGCAUCAGCAGUAGCGACUAUGGUGACGUCAUAAGCGGAAACGUAAGAAGAAGUGACGUCAAGAUGGGCAGCAGACAGCCGAAAAUGGCCCUUCCCAGAAACCUGAGGAAACCCUCCACUGGUGAAGACAGCUCCGAAGCCGUUCAUUACUCUUUGCAGCAGAUAAACACGGACUUGGCGCGAAUUUUAACGUUACUUCAAUCUCGUACACCAUCCUUUACUUACCCAAGUGUCACGCCGGCCCCCUUCAGGGCUAAGCAUGUCACGCAGCCGUUUCCUGAUGCCCUCAGGGAGCCGCUUGCCGCGCCUGUUUAUCCUGAAGGAAGUCGGGUCAGUCAAGCCCAGGCCCCUUAUCAGUCUGGCACAGCAACAGAACCUUAUCGUUCGAGAGGUGCUGGUGUUCCUGUGGUUCCCACCGGAGGUCCUGCGGUACCCAGCCGCCAAGGACAAACUAGUACUUUCAAUCCCUUGAAAAGCGCCCCUCCGCAAUUCCAGGCUCCAUACAGAAACCAAGAGAGCACUGAGUCACAACUGGAAAGGAAAUGGAGAUCCUACUUUGGAGAUCAGUCACGUGACUCGCCAGCCUCACUUUCUCUCGGACCUACCAUUAGUCUGUCAGGGUCAAGGGAGCCAGCAACCGUGAAGGACUGGACCUCGGAGAAGGAGUUAAGCACCGCUGAGCGAUUGCAGUCUCAUGCCGAGUGGCUUCGUAAUUUUCGGCGCGAGGCAGGGCUGCAUGUUAAUAACGCAAGGGGGCUGGAAGACAGAGCAGUUUCAUUCCCCUCUAGCCAAGGAUCAGCACGAGACUUUCCGCCAGGGAUGUCAAGUGGUCAUUCGUCAUCAUUCAGGCCUCCUCGGCUAACGCUUAAUGAAAAUAAUGAAAUUCGUUGGGUUUGAUCGCAGUUCUACAAAAGCGUUAUCAAGUUCCUAGCGGUGCUGAGUUUCAAAGGAGUACGUUUAACGUAAGAAAAUUCUGGAAGAAAUUUUAAUGAAAAAACUGAUGCUUGCGUUAUAGAGGCAAGACUUGACUAUGUCUAAGGAAUUGACGAUUUUGUGAAAGGUGGUUUUUGUGUGUGAUUAGGGUUUACACUCGUGAUUGCAGGGAAUCUGAUUAAAGCAAUUG